CCCCCCACGCGCAUGCGCUUUGAGGCGUCCCAUCAUGGCGGACAGUGUCUGGUCGAACUAUGCCAGGAGUUCAAAAGGUGUCAUUUUGGACAUGUGUGGAGUUUUGUACGACAGCGGGGAGGGCGACGGCGUGGCUAUUCCCGGCUCUGUCGAAGCCGUGAAGAAGCUCAAAGCUUCCGACCUGAAGCUGCGGUUCUGCACCAAUGAAACUCAGGCUUCCAGGGAGAAGUUUGUCGCCAAAUUGCAAAGAUUGGGCUUUGACAUUUCCGUGGCGGAAGUCUUCUCUCCCGCGCCGGCAGCAGUGGCUGUGCUGAGGAAAAGAGGGCUGCGGCCCCACCUGCUGGUUUACGACGGGCUCCUCCCCGAAUUCGACAGCGUCGACAAGAGCGACCCGAACUGCGUUGUGAUUGGCGACGCGGCCAAAAAGUUCUCUUACGAGAACCUGAACGAGGCCUUCAGGGUCCUGAUAGGCCUGGAGAAGCCGCUGCUGUUCUCCCUCGGCAAAGGGAAGUACUACAAGGAGACGGAUGGUUUGAAGCUGGAUGUGGGCGUUUACAUGAAGGCUCUGGAGUACGCCUGCGACGUGGAGGCCGAAGUCAUCGGGAAGCCGUCAGCGCAGUUCUUCCAGAGCGUUCUCGACGACAUGGGGCUGCAGUCGCACGAGGUGGUGAUGAUCGGCGAUGAUCUGGUGAAUGACGUCGGCGGCGCCCAACAAUGCGGAAUGAAAGGCGUGCAAGUCAGGACGGGCAAAUACAGGCCCAGAGACGAGAGUCACCCGACGGUGACGGCUGACGGAAUGGUGGACAACCUGGCCCAGGCGGUGGACAUGAUCCUCAGUCAGAGACGCUGAGAGCAAGGUCUUGGAGGGGAAAGAAAGAAAGAAAAAGGCCUGGCAGGUUCCACAAGUAACGCUAAAUCCCUGGUAGGUCAGUCUGGUUCACCGUGAAUGUGUCAGUGCAUGAAUGGCAUAGGUGGAAUACCUCCGUCUGACGUGGACGUGCCUUAGAGGAGCUGCCGACUGACACAGAGUGACGCUAAUGUUACUGUCAGGCUGGAAGCGGCCAGCUAAAAACGUCGCUUUUUGACAUCAAAAUAGUGUAAUGUUGAGUGUCAAGCCGGAUAAAGACAUGGAAUACACCAAUUGGUGCAGAGUGUUUCCAACAAAGUGGAAAUUAAACACGCACUUUUGUGUGUCUGUAGCUUCAAUACUAACGUCUCUUAUAAGUGCUUUCUCCACCUUUUACAUAUACGUCUGCAAUAAUCCAAUAAAAGCCAUACCCUCCUUACAUCCAGUGUCCUCCACUGCAGGGUUCCCCAACCUUAAUUUUUCCACCAGGGACCGGUUUAAUGUGUGCAUUAUUUUCAAAAAUAAUUUGCAUGAAAAAUUAGCUUUUGGCACAUUAACAUUUUAUAUGGAGAUGUGUAGGGAUGAUGUUUGAUAAGGAAUUAUCGAGUUGGAGCCUAUUAUCGAAUCCUCUUAUCGAACCGAUUCCUUAUCGAUUCUCUUACCGAGUCCAGAUAGGUUGUUGUAUAUGGAAAAAAACACCCAAUAUUUGGUUUAACAAAAGCUUGCUUUUAUUGUAUAAUAAAAAAAUAAAAUCUAAUAAAUAAAUAAAUAUUGACUGUUACCCACCUAAAAAAAUAAAAUAAAUAAAUAUUGACUGUUACCCAAAGUAUAUUAAGUGGG